AUGGCAUGGAAUAAUCAAUCAGUGGUAACCGAAUUCAUAUUACAGGGUCUCUCCAGUUCUUCAGAACUCCAAAUUUUCUAUUUUCUGUUUUUCUCUAUGGUCUACGCAGCCACAGUUCUGGGGAACCUCCUUAUUGUGCUCACUAUUAUAUCAGAGCCACGUCUUCACACCCCCAUGUAUUUUCUACUGGGCAAUCUCUCUUUCAUUGACAUGUCUCUGGCCUCAUUUGCCACCCCCAAAAUGAUUGCAGAUUUCCUCAGUGAACGCAAAGCCAUCUCCUUUGAAGGUUGCAUUACCCAGAUAUUCUUCCUGCAUCUCUUAGGGGGUGUUGAAAUUGUGCUGCUCAUAUCCAUGUCUUUUGAUAGGUAUGUUGCUAUCUGUAAACCUCUACGUUACUUAACUAUUAUGAGUCAAAAAAUGUGUUUUGGACUUGUGACACUUUCCUGGAUUGUUGGCAUCUUCCAUGCUAUGAGUCAGUUAGCAUUUACUGUAAAUCUGCCCUUCUGUGGACCCAAUAAAGUGGACAGCUUCUUUUGUGAUCUCCCUUUAGUAAUCAAACUUGCUUGUGUAGACACAUAUAUUUUAGGAGUGUUCAUGAUCUCAACCAGUGGCUUAAUUGCCCUGGUGUGCUUCAUUCUUCUUGUGAUAUCUUACACCAUUAUCCUGGUGACAGUUAGACAACGUUCAUCUGGUGGUUCCUCAAAAGCUCUCUCCACUUGCAGUGCCCACUUCACUGUUGUUACCCUUUUCUUUGGUCCGUGCAUUUUUAUUUAUGUAUGGCCCUUCACAAAUUUCCCAAUAGACAAAGUCCUCUCAGUAUUUUAUACCAUUUUUACUCCCCUCUUGAAUCCAGUAAUCUACACUCUUAGAAAUAAAGAUGUUAAAAAUUCUAUGAGAAAACUCAGCAGCCGUAUCUUUAAGUCAAGGAAGACUGAUCAUACUCUUCCUUAA